AUGACAAUCUCAACGCAGGUUCGGCGGGUAGCAGUGAUUGGAGCAGGUCCAUCUGGUCUGUCUGCUGUCAAGUAUCUCCUUGCAGAGAAAUGCUUCGACACUGUCGACGUCUUGGAGCAGAGAAGCUCGGUGGGAGGGACAUGGAACUACUGCCCUGCUGCCCAUAAACAGGCCUCAUCUACCCCGGUGCCUCAACUGCGGCCCUGGGAACCCCCCGAGGAGCCCCUCUGGGUUGCUGCGGGGUCGGCGCAGAAGGAGGCCGUAUUUGUGUCUGCUUUGUACGAGAGACUCGAGACGAAUAUCCCAAAGGAGCUGAUGAAGUACUCCGACCAGUCGUGGCCUGCUGAUACUCAGUUGUUCCCCAGUCAUGCAACCGUGCUGAGGUAUCUAGAGGAAUACGCGGAGGAUGUACGGGACCACAUCCGGUUCGAGACCCAAGUCCUCGACGUUCGAGUAGAUAACCCUCAAACGAGUACAUGGGCCGUGACAACGAGGAACCUGCGUUCUGGCUGCAACAGCACCGAGCUGUACGACGCAGUGGUGGUUGCCAGUGGCCACUACAACGUGCCGUAUCUGCCGGCGAUUGAGGGUAUAGAAACCUGGAACAAAACCUAUCCUGGAAUUAUAUCACAUUCCAAGUCCUUCGACUCGCCGGAGCAGUUCCGUGACCGAAAAGUGGUGGUGGUAGGCAAUUCGGCCUCUGGAGUCGAUAUCGCUGCUCAGAUCAGGGGCGUCUGUAAGGGGAAGCUGCUCUCUUCUACACGGUCUGAAUCGUCAUUUCCACUGUCUACCCCGUCCAAUAUACUGCAAGUCCCCGAGAUCAUCGAGUUUUUGCCUCCUAGCAAACACUGCCGCGGUCUCCGAUUCAAAGACGGUCGGAUCGAGGAAGACAUCGACGCCAUCGUUUUUUGCACGGGCUACCUAUACGCAUAUCCAUUUCUGUCAUCCCUGGAACCUCCAGUUAUCACAGACGGUCGUCGGACACUGAACGUGUACCGGCAAAUCUUCUAUAUCGAGCACCCGACGCUAGUAUUUCCCGUUCUGCCGCAGAGAGUCAUUCCGUUCCCUCUGUCUGAGAACCAGGCUGCGGUGUUUGCCCGUGUAUGGUCUAGUCGCCUCACACUGCCCUCCAAAGCCGACAUGCAUGAGUGGGAGAAUGCUCGUGCCGCUGAACGGGGCGAUGGCAAGACAUUCCACCUACUGCCCUUCCCGCUUGACGCAGACUAUCUUAACUCUCUUUACGACUGGGCCGCCCAGGCUGCGACACGCCCCGAACUCGACAACGGGGGACACGGAAAGCAAGGCAUCCGAUGGGAGAAGGGGGAACGCUGGAUUCGGGGUCAAUUACCAGAGAUCAAGAAAGCCUUUCUGGCCCAGGGAGAGCAACGACACCAUAUCCGGAGUCUGAAGGAACUGGGGUUCGACUUGGAGACAAUGGGAGGAAAGGACUAG